GCAGAGACAAAUUCACCUCACUCUACACUACAGCUCAGACUGAGAUUAUAAUGGGAAACUUCUUCUCCUACGUCUUGUCUCGCCUUAUUGAGAAGAGACCUGUCAGAUUACUGAUGGUUGGUCUGGAUGCAGCUGGGAAGACGACUGUCCUCUACAAACUCAAAUUGGGGGAGGUUGUCUCGACCAUUCCCACGCUUGGUUUUAAUGUCGAGACAGUUGAAUACAAGAACAUUUCUUUCACCGUGUGGGACGUUGGUGGACAGGAUGUAAUCAGACGACUGUGGAGACACUAUUAUCAAAACACAAUGGGUCUCAUCUUCGUGGUGGACAGCAAUGAUCGUAAACGCAUUGAGGAAGCCUCAAUGGAACUUCACAAGAUGCUUGAAGAAGAUGCCCUAAGGGACGCUGUGUUACUGGUUCUUGCCAAUAAACAGGAUUUACCCCAAGCAAUGCCAGUGCAUGAGAUGACAGAAAAACUGGGAUUGCAUGCGAUGAAGGGAAGAGCUUGGUACGUCCAGUCAACGUGUGCAGUAAAUGGAGCUGGUUUAUAUGAAGGACUGGACUGGAUGUCGAAUGAGAUCUCUAAACGAUAACUACACUGUUUUUAACUUUAUGAGCAAGUUGUUAUUAAUUGUGUACUGUAUUGUGUAUACUUGAAAAAUUCAAACUAGUAAUGACCUUCUUAAGCACUUUAGAAUCUUGUACUUUUGUAAAUAUCACUCACAAUGUAUUUG